CCCGCGCGCCCGGGGCAUGAUCCGCGGCGCCUGGAUGUCCCCCCGCGGGGGCGCCGCCGGCGGGGCCGUGUGCUGCGCGCCGCGCCGCAGCGACAAGCCGGUGGCCGACCCCGAGCGGGCGCAGAAAUGGCGCCUCUCGCUCGCCUCGCUCCUCUUCUUCACCGUGCUCCUCUCCGACCAUCUGUGGCUCUGCGCCGGGGCCAAGCUGCGCGCGCGGGAGCGGCCGCGGGGCCGCGGGCCGCGGGCGCUGCUGGCGGCCGAGCCGGCGGGCGGCAGCUGCGAGGCCCUGCUGGGCAACCUGAGCCGCGGCCCCGGCGGGCCCUGCCCCGCCGCCCGCGGGGACCUGGACUCGGCGUGCGCCCGGCUGCUCGCCCCGCAGCGCCCGCGGGCCCCCGGCGCGCCCCUGCGCUCGCCCCCCGCCGCCGCCGCCGCCGCCGCCGCGCCCUUCUUCGCCUCGCCCUCCUCCAAGAGGACCUUCCUGCAGGCUUACUUCAGGAACUUCAACCUCUCCUUUUGUGAUACUUACACGAUCUGGGACCUGCUGCGGGAGAUGGCCGGCCCGGACGGCCUGGACUGCAGCCUGGACAACCUGAUGGUGGACCUGGUGGUGGCGGCGGCCGGGGCGCUGGGCGGGGAGGCCUGUAGCAGCUGUGUCCAGGCGUACCAGCGGCUGGACCAACACGCUCAGGAAAAAUACGAGGAGUUCGACCUCUUGCUGGAGAAGUACUUGCAAUCGGAAGAGUACUCGGUCAGAUCCUGCCUGACAGACUGCAAGGCUGUCUACAAGGCCUGGCUGUGCUCCGAGUACUUCAACGUGACCCAACAACAGUGCCGACAGCGGAUCCCAUGCAAGCAAUACUGCCUGGAGGUGCAGACCAGGUGCCCCUUUGUGUUACCGGACAAUGACGAGCUGAUCUAUGGAGGUUUGCCUGGCUUCAUCUGUACGGGGCUGCUGGAGAACCAGCUGCCCGAAGAGGAGGCCAAGUGCUGCGAGGUGCAAUGGGACUCCUGCGACCACCCCCCAGACAGCAACGACAACACAUCCCCCAAAUCCACGGCGUCAGAGUCACUCCAUUUCCACCGCCACGACCCCCACGUCCAUCACCAGCAGCAGAACCACUACCAUCUCUACCACCACCACCAGUACCACCAGUACCACCAGCCCCGCUCCCCGUCCUUGCUGCCGGUCUCCGCAGGGUCUCGCCUCGGCAGCAGCAGGAUCAGACUGUGUGUGCUGGUCCUGAUGCUUCUCCACACCAUGGUGUCCUUCUCGAGCGUGCACGGCGGCGGCGGCGCGGCCGGGGGGCUUGGCCUGGAGGCCCUGCCUGCCCUGGAGGAGAGCGUGGCACGGGACGAGUGACACGGAGGGCAGGGCCGACCUCCACUGAGAACGCCAGAUCUUUUUCCACUAAGGGGGGCACAUGCUAUUCCUCCAAUGGGAGGCACGGGAUUGGGGGUGACGCACACACCCCCCAAGAGCUGCUCGCGCGGGGCAUCCCCGUGAUGAAGAGUCUCUAACGCGCACAGGGCUGCGGGACCCGGCGCUGAGAAGGGUUCGGUCAGUGGCAGCGGGGCAGGGACGGCACGAGGGUGGGGGGAUGGAGGGCAGGGGGUCCCUUGGGAAGGAGGGUCCCCGUGGGACUGCUGAGUGUCUCCUGGCUGCUGCCGCGAGUGCCUUGGGCGCCCGCGCCUUCCCCGCCCGCGCCGUGCCAGGGUUUGGUGGGUGGCCCAGCCCUUGUUCCUUUUCUCCUCGGUCUGUGAAUCCCAAGGGAGCAGGAGGAGGGGCAGCACCUCCUGGCACAGCCUUGCCCCCCCACUCCUGUCCCAGGGAAAACCCACCAAUUCAAGGCAGAACCACCCUCGUGGGGCGCAGCAUCCUCGGUGUGGCAUUGCCCUCGCUGAGGGGAUUUGGGGCAGCAGUGGGAUGCUGUGACACUUCACUGUGGUACCACUCGGGGUUGGUCUCAUUGCAUCCCAGCCUGCUCCUCCAGCCUUGCCUUUCCUGUUCCUCUGUGCAAGGAGGUGGAGAGGGAGGAGGCCCAGAGCAGGAGGGAUAUCCCCAGCAUUCCACAUCCCACUUUGCCAAGUGUCCUGAUGAUUUGGUGUAACCUUUUUUGUUGUCCUUUUUGGCUGGUUUCUGUGAGGAGUUAGGGAGAUGUGACUCCAGCAGCGCAGGCUAAGGGAGGGAGUAACAGUUGGAUGCAGGGCAUCCCAAAGGCAUCCUUCCAUGCUUCCCAGCUACAAAUCAUCGACUGGAUGGCAGGAAGACUGGGCAAAAGGGCUGGAGAAACCUGCCCUUUUGUAGAGAGAGUCUCCCACACAAAAAAAGAGACACUAACAAAGCCCAGCUGGGGAGGAGAGUUUUUGUGAAUACUUCCUAUCCAUGGAUACCCCCAGAUCAGGAAAUUUCUGGGAACCCAGCUGGGACAGCUGGACUCAGCUGGUCAAGGUGCUGGCUGGUGCAGUCUCAUUCAACUCACUUGGGGUGUUUUUAACCUGAGCUCAGUGUAUCCAGGGAUUCAGCCCCAAACAGACAUCAGAUCCCUAGGAUCUGAUCCCCAGAUCAUUUCCUAGGAAAUUCCCAAUUCUCCACCCACCCACUAGAGCUGUUCCCAGUGUGCAUGCUGUGAGGUGGUGCCUGGGGAAUGGCACUGCCCCUCUGGGCUGGGCACCAGGGACCAGGGUUUGUCCUGGGGUGGGCAGGGAAGAAGGAGGGGGCAUUUUAGCAUGAGGUCAUGGUUUGGAUGUGGACCUGCUUUUUGCUCCAAGAAGAGGUGGGAUGCUCCCUCUCUUUCCAGGCUGGCUCUUGAUGGGGAACCUACAGCCCUGGGUGGAUCACUGCAGCCCGGCUGGGAGGCAGGAGUGGAGCAGGAGGAAUGUCCUGCUGCAUCUCAAACCAAUCCCAAAUAUCUGCAAGGGUCUGAGAAGUCCCAGUGUUGAGGACUGUAGGAAUUUUGUGGUUUCUGGUCCGUUGAGUUGAAGCAAAACCAAGCAGAGCCCCAUGAGCAAAGCUACUUCCUGCCCGGCUGGAAGAAGGAAGUACCGGGCAUCUCAUGGGAAGGACAGGUUUCCUGAUGUUUCCAGCCCAUUUCCAGACCAAAGAGGCUCUGAGAAGCAGCUGAAUGUUUGAUUCCUGCUUUGACUUGAAUCUCAGAGCUUUGGGGUGAUGUUUACACGCUACCAGUUGCCUGUUAACCAAAGUCCUGCAGAGACGAGGCCUGUGAUCCUGCUAUCCCGUGGUUCUGGGGGUGGGAGAGGUGACGCUUAUGGAAAACGUAGAGUGUUUCCCGAACAGAUUCCUUUGCUGUUGCUAUCCAGAAAAGGUAGGAUGAUUCUCACUUUACUGCUCCUCAUGGCAUCCUUAUAUUUUCAGCCUAGUUUACACCGACCUGAGAACUUGGACAUGGAGCAGUUCCACGAAGAGGGAUCCGAGCCCUCAGAUUGCCGUGAGCAGUGUCCUGUGGAGCUGCUCUGUCGAGGAGCAAAAGCUCCCAGGCAGGCCAGGGGAGGGAGCACAGCCCCAUCCCUGCCUCCAGACAGCCGCAUCCUGGAGGAAAUUAGAUUUCUCAUGUCCUGCCAAGAUUUAAGCUGAUUCCAGGCGCCUCUCUCGGAGAUAGGCUCCGUCCAAUCUCGGAGCAACUCGUGUGGAGAGAGAACAGCCCCGUGUGGUGUGUCAGAGUGGCCCUGAGUCACUGGCCCUGCUCGCUGUGUGCUGGGACACUGAGCAGUGCCAGGAGCGCGGGGUGGCCCCGGCUCGGUCCCUGCACCACGUCCAGAUCCCAGAUCUGGCCCAGGGACUAUCCCGAGGGAUGUGUGUCCUUCUCCCUGCCCCUUCUCCCCUGUGCCCUGCUGGCGAUGGAGCGUCCGGCUGGGCUUGGGGGCUUCUAGGGGCACCGAGGUUUGGUGAUGGGGAUUUGGGUUUCCCAGAGAAGCUGUGGCUGCCCCAUCCCUGGAAGUGUUCAGGUUGGAGCAACCUGAGAUAGUGGAAGGU